AUGAAUGCCAUCCUGAUCGGUCGCCUGAACGGGGCAGUAGUCCUCUGCUACAAGGAGCUGAAGCCUGCUGCGGCUGCGAAUCUCGGUGCUCAUAUGCGGGGUGUUCUGGAGCAGCUCACUCCCGGUUCUCCGCCGCGGCAGUCAUACUCGGACGAGGGCAUAAACAUCCACUACUCCAUAUUAUCUGGCGUCGUUUAUAUGGCUGCUGCAGGAAAGGGCGUCUCUGUCACGGCGGCCAUGAGCUUCUUGCAGAGCAUGGCCGGGCUUUUCUCGGUGAAGUUCUCGCCCAACACCAUCUCCGUGGCUACAAGCGAAGCCCCCUUCUCCUCCUUCAUCCCGGAGAUCGAGAAGCUUGCCCGUGAUGCAGACACGCGGUCUGCUAUGCUUCAGCUUCAAACAGAGACGCAAGAGAUCAAAUCACAGGUCAUGCAGUCAGUGGAGAGCAUACUGAACAGGGGGAACAAGCUCAGUGACAUAGAGACACAGGCCGCAGAUCUGCUGACUCGCGCAAAGGACAUAAUGGGAGAUGCCCAGCAGAUGAAUCGCGAAGCCUUUUGGCGUCAGUACAGCGUUUUCAUCGUCAUAGGGGCGAUUGUCGUACUCUUCAUUCUCCUAAAGAUUUUCUUCAGGUAA